AUGGGGCUAUUCGCUCCCGACGACUACUGGCAGAAAGAGUUGGGUCAAUAUCUUCAUCCCGAGACGUUCCUUGAGGAUGUUCCCCCUUUGGUAGGUCAUCAACUCUUGAGUAAAAUCUUUGCCCAAAAACACUUUUCAAACUUGCUUGACCGCGACAAGAAUGGCUCGGACGACCUUCUUCGUAUCUUUUCUAUUCUUGUAUAUCUUGGGCACACAGAAUAUUUCCAGUAUUUUGAAGAUUUUCUCGAGCCGUCCAAUCAUAUCCUUCCACAGGUCCGCAAGGAUGAUAGAAUCAUCUUUGCCGACGCUAAAAGGACUUGCCCGCCCUUCUACGACUUUGGAACCUCGCCAAGGUCCAUCUUCGAAGAUGCUGGGCCUAUCAAAUCCGGAGGGUCGUCGCAAGUGUUUCGAGUGAGAAUACACCCGAGUCACGUUCCCGACCAUGGACAACUGGAUAGGGAUCUCGCCUUCGCGGUCAAGAGAAUCAACGGGACUUCCAAAGACUACGCUCGUGAGCGAGACGCUUAUCAACAACUAAGCCUUGCUCAGAACCCUCAUCCUCAUAUUACACCUCUUCUUGCGACUUACAGGAUGGAGGGCAAAUAUCACUUUGUCUUUCCUUAUGCGGAUGGAGACCUCGCGAUGUUUUGGCGAAACCAGCCUAGACCAAGCAAUGAUAAGCGCAGUCUCCAAUGGCUGGGAGGGCAAAUGAGAGGGCUUGUAGAUGCUUUAUCCCGCAUUCAUGGACUUAAAGGCCAAGCGAGAGACUUUUACGGAAGGCAUGGCGAUGUCAAGCCAGAGAAUAUCCUCGUCUUUGGAUCCAAUGACAGUAAUGUAUGGCCAAGAUUCGCUCUUUCAGACUUCGGAUCUUCAUACUUUUGUACUCCCGAAGAUAGAGAUAUCCCGAAGGGUCUCAAACACACGCCAGUCUACCGAGCUCCGGAAAUCGACACGGCGGGCGGUGCUACACAGGCCUGCGAUAUCUGGAGUCUCGGCUGUGUGUUUUUGGAAGCAGUAACUUGGCUCUGUUACGGCAAAGAUGGCAUCUCGAAGCUAUGCCAAAGUCGACUCGAUGAAUUCAACAGCCCCAAUCGAGAUGCCUUCUUCCAAUUGCAAUACGAUAAGCGAGAUGGUCUGACGGCGAAACUCAAGCCUGAGGUACACAGAUUGCUCAUAUCCCUUCGCGAGAGCUCUCGGUCAUCCCUCUUCAUCGAUGACAUUCUCUAUAUAGUCCUGGAAGGGAUGCUCAAAGUCAACACGAGCGAGAGAAUGUCAGCUUGGGAUGUUCUCGACGCCUUGACCCAGAUUUGCAGCAAGUUGGAAAGUGAUCCAGCUUAUUCUGAGCCACGUGGCACUAGUGAUGUGGUUAUGGCCUUUUCCUAUAUCACUACUCCUUUUCACGCAACAAGGAGUAAUUCGCUAACGACUGCGCGAUCCCAGGUCCACACUCAGCAUGCGAGGCAGCGAAUCGAUCGCACAGUGGAUGCGACCUAUUACACCAACGCUACGACCCAAAGUCUCAGCGACGCUGCAGCCCAGAUUGGCCUGAAGCUUCGUUUUGCGUGCCCCUAUCACAAGGCCGGUAUACUGGUCUCCGUUCACCAUCGAGCUUGUGAAGGUCCAGGAUGGAUUGACGUUAACAAAGUGAAAGAACAUCUUUUUCGCUGUCAUCUUCCAAAGGAAUUCAGGGGGAAAUGCAUCUGCCUACGAUGUUACACCGGUUUCAAAACCGAUGUGCUCCUCCAGGCUCACGCACAACAAGACCCGCCAUGCUCCAAGAAGAGACCAACGGCAGUCUACGGCAUGUUGAGUGGAGACCAAGCAGCUCAACUUCACUCCAUGAAGAGGAAGUCGUCGAAAGAAACGGAUGAAGACCGAUGGUUCGAUUUAUAUCGGAUCGCUUUUCCAAACUUCAACCGGAAGCUGGAGAACAUAUCACCUUACCAUGAGUCCAACUCCACAUCUCUCAGUACCUUGAACACUUCAACGAGCUCGAACGGGAUAUCCCAAUACAGGGACUACCUCCGCAACCGUGGCGCUGAAGAAUAUGCCACUAAACUAGCCAAAAUGGGCAUCGACAUUACACUGGAGGCAACUGCCAAGCUCCUCGAGUUACAGGUCAAAGACCUUGAGAGCUUUGAUGAGACUAUGCGAGAGCCUGUGCGUGGUUAUGGGAUCCCGCAUGAUGCAGAUCACGAGAAGAUCGGAGACAGUGUUCCCUCCGGUCUCGGAGGUUCAACCGAUCUUCUUGGCCAAUUUCAGCUUCUGGCAACAUUGAUGGAUAGCCAGAGCUAA